AUGGGAAGUGGAAUGAUAACGACAAUGGUUAUAGCCCUAGCUUUCUUUAUGAUCGGUUCCGACAAUUUCCACGUGGCAACAGCUGCGACCUGUGGAGCUGACCUGUCGGGACUGGUGAAUGAGUGUGAACGUUACGUCGACAACGCCGGACCACCGUCGCAGUCUUGUUGUGAUUUAAUUCGUCCCAUCGACUGUCUGAAUAAUAAUGAUGCCGAUGAUGAUGUAAUCAGGAUUUGGGUCUUGUAA